ACCAAAACAACACAUUCUUUUACUUUUACACCUCUCUUUCUAUCUUCUCCCAUUUUGCCACUCAUUCCACAAAGAAACAAACUCAUCAUCAUCAUCAAGAUAUCAAUAUACCAACCCUUUCAGAUUCUAAAUUUCAUGAUAGUUCCUUAAGUUCCAAACUUUGAGAGCCUCACAAAGUUUCUGUUGUACAAAAUUAUGCUAUGGAGGCCCUCAAUUCUACUAUUUUAACCCCCCUUUCUGUGCUAUCUGACAGAACAAAACACAAACACCCCACAAAAUUUUCAUGCAAAGCUUCAAACUUUUCAACUUCAAUCAACAAAAAACAGAACUUAAGAGAGUUUUUAUCAAAGAAUUUUCAAAAGGGUCUUUUUCUUGCAGCUUCAGUUGUGAAUGUUAACAAUGGUGAAUUUGCAAAUGCUUUAACAUAUGAAGAAGCAUUAGGACAAUCUCCUAGUGCUUCUGGUGGUGGUGACAUUGAUGUUAAUGGUUUUGUAGAUAGUGUUAUAGGCUUUGCAACUGAGAACCCUGUAAUUCUUGCUGGUGGUGUAGCUAUAUUGGCAGUGCCAUUGGUUUUGUCUCAGAUUUUGAAGAAACCUAAGGCUUGGGGUGUUGAAUCUGCUAAAAAUGCUUAUGCAAAAUUAGGUGCUGAUGGGAAUGCUCAGUUGCUUGAUAUAAGAGGUUUGGCUGAGAUUAGACAAGUUGGUGGACCAAAUGUUGGUGGUUUGAAGAAGAAAGCAGUGGCAGUAACUUAUAAAGGUGAUGAUAAGCCAGUGUUUUUGAAGAAGCUUUCUUUGAAGUUUAAGGAGCCUGAGAAUACUACAUUGUUCAUUCUUGACAAAUUUGAUGGGAACUCUGAACUGGUUGCAGAGUUGGUUACCCUUAACGGAUUUAAGUCCGCUUAUGCAAUUAAAGAUGGUGCGGAAGGACCGCAAGGAUGGCAGAAUAGUGGUCUUCCUUGGGUUGAACCGAAGAAAGCAUUGAGCUUGGAUUUUGGCAGUUUGACAGACACUAUCAAUGAUGCAAUCGGAGAAUCUGAUGGCUUGGCUGUUACUCUUGGGAUUGCUGCAGCUACUGGAUUGGGUGUAUUAGCUUUUUCUGAGGUAGAAACAAUUCUCCAACUUGUAGGAUCAGCUGCAAUUGUUCAGUUUGCAAGUAAGAAGCUUCUAUUUGCUGAGGACCGGAAGAAAACACUAAAACAAGUUAAUGAGUUUUUGAACACCAAGGUUGCUCCUAAGGAGCUUGUUGAUGAAAUAAAGGACAUCGGAAAGGCUCUUCUACCAACCUCCACCAACGAUAAGGCUCUUCCUGCACCAACAGAAAAUAUUCCAGAGCUUGCUACAGCUGGCGGAACUGUAUUGAAAGCAGAAGCUACUCCUGAAAUUGUCCCCGAGACGAAAGUAGAAGCAGCAGCAGAAGCUACUCCUGAAAUUGUCCCCGAGACGAAAGUUGAAGCAGCAGCAGAAGCUACUCCUGAAAUUGUCUCCGAGACAAAAGUAGAAGCAUCAGCAGAACCUGCUCCUGAAAUAAACUCCGUGCCGAAAACUGAAACGGAGGCAGAGUCAAUUCCUGUGCAACCUAAACCACUUUCACCAUACCCAUAUUAUCCAGAUUUCAAACCUCCUUCAUCUCCAUCACCUUCAAAGCCCUAGAGUUUCACUUGUAUGAAGAGAAUUCUAUAGCAGGCAAAAUAGUUGUCCAAAAUACUCAGUAUGUAUCAAGAGCUAGCUGAUAAUCCUACAAUCUAUAAUCCUGCCAGAACAUCUUCAACAUACAUGAAACUUAGGUUGAAGAUAAAAUCAUGUCACUUGCUGUAUAAUUUAUUAGUCUUUUUAUUAUUAUCAUCCAUACAUUUGUGCCACUCACUAAACCUUUUUUGUGAUUGUGAACAUUGUGUUGUGGAGGUAGCUGUCUUAAUAACAUUGUACUGUUAGUUGUUAUGUUGUGAUUUAGUGUCACAUUACAUUCAUUCAGUUUUGAAUAAGCAAUAAGGUUUCAAAGUAUGCAAUUAUGUCUAUGUUGAUU